GUGCGGGGCGGGCUUGGCCCGGCCUAUAUAUUGGGUUGGCGCCGGCGCCAGCUGAGAGCCGAGCGGUAGCAGGUCCGGCGAGAUUUCUUACACCUGAAAGGCGAGAAUGUCAAGACGCAGUAGUCGUUUACAAGCUAAGCAGCAGCCCCAACCCAGCCAGACGGAUUCCCCUCAAGAAGGCCAGGUAAUCCAGGCCAAGAAGAGAAAAACCACCCAGGAUGUCAAAAAAAGAAAAGAGGAGGUCACCAAGAAACAUCAAUAUGAGAUUAGGAAUUGUUGGCCACCUGUAUUAUCUGGGGGAAUCAGUCCUUGCAUUAUCAUUGAAACACCCCACAAAGAAGUAGUAACAAGUGACUUCUCCAGAUUUACAAAUUACAGAUUUAAAAAUCUUUUUAUUAAUCCUUCACCUUUGCCUGAUUUAAGCUGGGGAUGUGCAAAUGAAGUUUGGCAAAAUAUGUUGAAAAAAGAGACCAGAUAUGUUCAUGACAAGCAUUUUGAAGUUCUGCAUUCUGAUUUGGAACCACAGAUGAGAUCUAUUCUUCUAGACUGGCUUUUAGAGGUGUGUGAAGUAUAUACACUUCAUAGGGAAACAUUUUAUCUUGCACAAGACUUUUUUGAUAGAUUUAUGUUGACACAAAAGGAUGUAAAUAAAAAUAUGCUUCAGCUCAUUGGAAUUACCUCUUUAUUCAUUGCUUCCAAACUUGAGGAAAUCUAUGCUCCUAAGCUCCAUGAGUUUGCCUAUGUUACUGAUGGUGCUUGCAGUGAAGAGGAUAUCUUAAGGAUGGAACUCUUUAUAUUGAAGGCUUUAAAAUGGGAACUUUGUCCUGUAACAAUCAUCUCCUGGCUAAAUCUCUUCCUCCAAGUUGAUGCUCUUAAAGAUGCUCCUAAAGUUCUCCUACCUCAGUAUUCUCAGGAAAAGUUCAUCCAAAUAGCUCAGCUUUUGGAUCUGUGUAUUCUAGCCAUCGAUUCCUUGGAGUUUCAGUACAGAAUACUGGCUGCUGCCGCCUUGUGCCAUUUUACCUCUAAUGAAGUGGUUAAGAAAGCUUCAGGUUUGGAAUGGGACAACAUUUCUGAAUGUGUAGACUGGAUGGUGCCUUUUGUCAAUGUAAUAAAAGGUGCUAGUCCAGUGAAGCUGAAGGCUUUUAAGAAGAUUCCUGUGGAAGAUAGACACAAUAUCCAGACACACUCCAAUUACCUGGUUAUGCUGGAUGAAGUAAAUUAUGUAAACACUUUCAGAAAAAGUGGACAGCUAUCACCAGUAUACAAUGGAGGCAUCAUGACACCACCAAAGAGCACUGAAAAACCACCAGGAAAACACUAAAGAAGAGGAAGCAGACAGUUUGAAUGAAAUUGACCAAGUAUAUGGUAGAACUUCAUACAAAUGAACUACUAAAGUUUAUACCAAAAUACUGCUGUGAUUGUCCUAGCCAAUUCAGAAGGUAUACUGCUGUUCUUUGAUUAAAAGAAAAUUGGUGCUAAAGGAGAAAUUUAAUUCCUGUGUUAGCAAUUAAAGAAACAGCAGGAUUGUUUACAAAGAUGACUUCAUUCCCAAGGUGACUGGAUGGAAGCCAGCUGCAAUUUAUGCUGUAGCAACAUUUUUCUUAUAUCUAGUGUUACUGUGUUUAUUUUGAUAAACUAGGGAUUUUAUUGGCGUUUUGGACUAGAUAAGUACUACCUUAAAGGGUACAUUAAGUGAUGUAGUGCUUUGAAUCUAGCUUUCAGAUUCUCAGAAUUCAUGCACUGUUGACUAGUGCAAUUUGGUUCUUAAAAAUAAAAUUUAAACUUGUUUACAAAGGUUUAGUUGUGUAAUAAGGUAACUAAUUUAUCUACAGCUGCUAUAGCAAGCUGUUAUAAAACUUGAAUUUUUACAAAUUGUAAACUUUAAUCUGUUUUUCAACUAGUUCAUCUGCCUUGCCAUAAUGUAUUUUUUAGCAGUAAGAAUGGCUUAGAUGAACAUGGUGUUUAAACUGCUCUAAACAGUGGGAGUACCAAAGAAAUUAUAAACAGCAUAAACGCUGUGCUCCUGCUUAGGCUUAUUUGACACACAGGUUGCUUUAUACCACAAUUUGGGUAAAAAACUUAAGUACCUUUUAAAACUAUUUAUAUAAAAAAGUCACUUUAUUACUCUAAGAUGUCCCUAAGGAUUUUCUUUCUUUCUUUUAUUUUAAAAUUUUGUGUUACUCCAGCUUUAUUUAUGUCCCUCAAAUUGUUAAGGCUCUUUGAAAAAAUCUACAUUAUGAGAUAAGGACAGUGUCAAAGUGAUAAAAGUUUAACAUUUGACCUAAAUUUCUAUUUUCUUAAGGCAGAAGAGUACUAAAUGUAUACUGACUCCUAGAAAUCUAUUUAUUACUUUAAAAAAAAAAAAAAAACUUGACAUGAGAGCUAGCUGUACAUAAACUAGCUACUUCUACAUAAUUAUCUUGUUAGGUUUGUUUUUAAUGAAUUUUAGCCUCAAAAGUGGAUUUAGAAAAAAAAUUAUACUAGAUUACUAGUUCAUUCUGUUACCUGAAAUGUGACUCUCUUCUUUUGGAGAAAUGAUAAAGCUAUUUUUAUGGUAGAAAGUCUUCUGUAUAGUUUGUUUUGUUUUUUCUUUUAAGUAGUAUUUGUUUCAGUAUUUUAUUUGAAAAGAAAGCACCACUAAAUGUGUACAUAUGUAUUAUGUCAACUUACUCUUUUAAUUCUGUUUAUUUUUAGGCCACUGUUUAAAAAAUAAAAAUGUAAAAAUCUGAACUAAGUGCUUAGAAGUAAA